GAAAACAUCGGCAGGAACCAGCUACUAGAUGGUUCGAUCAGUCUUUCGCCCCUAUACCCAAAUUUGAUGAUCGAUUUGCACGUCAGAAUCACUAUGAACCUCCACCAGAGUUUCCUCUGGCUUCGUUCUAUUCAGGCAUAGUUUAUCAUCUUUCGGGUCCCAACAG